UGUGGCCUGUGAUGUUUACAUGAUCCUAGGAAGAAAAUGGAUGAGCCCACUGUUUCAGGCAGAAACCUGUUGACAAGAGCUUAAGUCUCCAUGUACAUCGAGUACUUUGGAGACACCAAAGGUGUAACUUUAAAGGGCAAAGACCUCAGGACAAAGCAACUUGAAGAAGCCAGGAACUAAAGACGGACGGGACAUUUGGUUCAAAACUUGAAGUGGCUCCCCCACGCCCCCAAGAUUGCAUGACAGAAAAACAACAACAGAAUCAUUAUGACUACCAAGAAUACAUUUUUAAAAAUUAACAUGACAUCUUGGAUCUUAUAAAAGCCAAGCUCUUCAGGAAAUAAACCAUGAGGGAAACUGGAUUGAAAUCUGCACUUUGCCAAGGGCAAGAAGCUGAGAACAUGGAGAGAGAGAAGUUUCAGCAGAAGGCUCUGAAGCAAACUAAGCAGAAGAAAUCCAAGUCGGCUGAAUUUCUGAUGGUUAAAGAAGAUAGAGAAGCUACAGAAGGCAUUGGAAAUCCCGCUUUUAACGUGAGCAGUCCAGAUCUCUCAGCAUGUCAGACUGCAGAAAAGAAAGUUAUUAGACAUGACAUGCCGGAUCGCACCCUUGCAGCUCCCCAACAAAAAUUCGGGCUGCCAGCCUCUGCAGAACCAAAAGGAAAUGAAUACGGCAGAAAUUACUUUGACCCACUGAUGGAUGAGGAAAUAAACCCAAGGCAGUGUGCGAUGGAGGUCAGCAGAGAAGUUUGUCUAAUGGCUAAAGGAGAGAAAGCAGAAUCAGGAGUGGAUAAUACAGCUGGCCUUUCAGAGAAAGAAACAGAGAAGAACGCUUGUGCCUCAAUGGAUGAGGAAGGAGCUAAAUCCACAGUACACUCUUCUCAGGGGAGCAUUACUAAUAAAAUCGGUCCCUGUUCUAUGGACUAUGAUCCCAGUCUCUUAAAAGAAGACCUACACUCUCAGGGAGAUAGCCUGACGGAUCAUUCUGUGAAAGAAAAAUCAACUGUUUUGAGAACUGGAGAAGCUGAAGAUUAUUCACAGGACAUAUCUUACUUGGAGGAACUGGAGGAACACCGAUUUUCUGUCUGCUGUUCUUCAGUUGCUGACAGUAGAUCUGGAGACUUCUUCAAGCAUCUCCAUUUUGUGCUGGUAUCAAUGUCUUCAGAACUUCAGUUAUCUCAAUGGCAAAGCCAGGGCUUCUGGUACAUUAUCCUGCUAAGGGUUUCUCUCUGGUUCCUGAGGCUCUACCUGCAUUACCUGGGCCAGUGGCUUUUCCUCCAGGCCAUUUCAACUCCUGUUACAAAGUGA